GCUGGGCCCAGACUUGAAAAAGUGGAGGUGGGAGGGAGCGAUGAUGCAAAAGUUAGUUAAAAAUUGGGGUGGGGAAAGGAGGCUACAGAUACGAAGAGGAGCUAGCUGCAACAGUUGCCAGAGCGGAAAGGCUGGAAAUUCCGGUGGGGCCCCUGUUCCGGGACGAAGAAACAAGUACCACGACAGCAGGAGUUUCCCCCUGUUGACUCAGGAAGGUGCUGGACAGAAACAUGGAAUUCAUUUCCGCAACAGUGAUUAUAAUCCUAGGUUGUGUUGCUCGUUUAUUAUUCCUUCGGUGGAGGAACUUGCGUGGACCCCCAUGCAUAGGAGGCUGGAUUCCUUGGAUUGGAGCUGGAUUUGAGUUUGGGAAAGCCCCUCUAGAAUUUAUAGAGAAAGCAAGAAUCAAGUACGGACCAAUAUUUACAGUCUGUGCUGUGGGCACCCGAAUGACCUUCGUUACUGAAGAAGAGGGAAUUAACGUGUUUCUAAAAUCCAAAGAAGUAAAUUUUGAACUAGCAGUGCAAGAGCCCAUCUACCGUACAGCAUCAAUUCCAAAGAAUAUCUUUUUAAAACUGCAUGAAAAACUUUAUGUCAUGCUGAAAGGGAAAUUGGGGUCUUUCAGCUUGUAUCAAUUCACUGGACAACUGACUGAAGAAUUACAUGGACAACUGAAGGAUUUAGGCACUCACGGGUCCAGGGACCUGAACAGCCUAGUCAGGCAAAUCCUUUACCCCGCCACAGUGAACGUGCUCUUUAAAAAAGGUUGGUUUCCCACAGACGAGAGAAAAAUCAGGGAGUUCCAUCAGCAUUUUCAAGCUUAUGAUGAAGGUUUCCAGUACGGGUCCCAAUUGCCAGAAUGUCUCCUAAGAAAAUGGUCAAAAUCCAAAAAGUGGCUUCUAGCGCUUUUUGAGAAAAACAUUCCAGAUAUAAAAACACACAAAUCUGCAAAAGACAAUUCCCUGCAGACGGUAAUGCAGGCGGUGCUGGAUGUCUUAGAGAUGGAAACAAAUGAACAAAAGGGUCCCAACUAUGGGCUGUUACUACUUUGGGCCUCUCUGUCCAAUUCUGUCCCUGUUACGUUUUGGACACUUGGGUUUGUCCUCUCUCAUCCCAGUAUCCACAGGACCAUUAUGGAAGGCAUAUCAUCUGUGUUUGGCACAGCAGGUAAAGAAAAGAUUGAAGUGUCUGAGGAUGACUUGAAGAAACUCCCUCUAAUUAAAUGGUGUAUUUUGGAAACCAUUCGUUUAAGAGCCCCUGGUGUCAUUACUAGAAAAGUGACGAAGCCCAUUGAAAUUUUGAAUUACACGGUUCCUCCUGGUGACCUGUUGAUGUUGUCUCCGUUUUGGCUACAUAGAAAUCCAAAGUAUUUUCCCGAACCGGAACUGUUCAAACCUGAACGUUGGAAAAAGGCAACUUUAGAGAAGCGCGCUUUCUUGGACUGCUUCGUGGCGUUCGGGAGCGGGAGGUACCAAUGUCCUGGAAGGUGGCUUGCUCUGUUAAAGAUUCAAAUAUGCAUUAUUUUAAUGUUUUAUUAUUAUGACUGUAGUCUUCUAGAUCCACUGCCAAAACAGAGUUCUCUCCAUUUGGUGGGUGUCCAGCAACCGGAAGGACAAUGCCGAAUUGAGUUCAAGCAAAGAAAAUGACCUUGGCUGGGCCUAAGGAGGGCCAGGGCCUUCUGGAGGAGUGGCUGCCCCUCAUCCACUAGCCUGGCAGCUCCCAGACCUGAGUUCAACUAAAACAUGUCACUUCCUUUUAUUGUAGGAUUUAGAUCAAGACAGUGUGCAGAUGGGAUGUGUGUUUGGUAUCUCAAGAGUGGACCAGGAAUCUGACAUGACUCUCACUGAUCCAGAGACCCCAAUGCAGGGUUUAUAGAAAAUGUUUAAAUGAUCAAAAAAGAGGCAUUUCUUAAGAAACUGGAAUUUGGUUUCAUGCAUAGCCGUACCAAAAGUUUAAACAGAAUAUCAUUUGAGUGGAAGUCUUAGUAUGUUAAAUUCCCUGUGAAGGCAACAUACUUAAACUUCUAUUUUGAAAAAGGCUCAAAGUCUUAGACUCUAAAAAUCAUUAAAUAAUGAUUUCUGGAAAAUUGCUGUUUUUCUUAAUAUGAUUCUUAACUGGCAAUUCGAAUUCUUAAGCACUGGUAAUCUAAUUUUUUUAUUAAACAAGUCUAAUGCUAAAAGUACAGAUAAGAUGAAAGCUUUCUAAGACCUGGGAGGCCAGGGGUCUUGUCUUACACUCACUUCUACACCCAGCUCUGCCUAGGACAGAGGCCUCUCUCAUAGGGCGUAGUCCACACCCCUAUGUUGAUUGAUGUAUUGAUUUGCAUCUUAAUCAAGGUGAAAGCACUCUUCUGACUCCAAGUGUUUGUAAUUGUAGUUUGAGAUAGUAUUUUUCCUAAUAUAUAGAACCUCAAAUAAAAUGAUGCGUCAAGGCA